AUGGAAAAAAUUGAAGAUGAUAUCAAUAUAAAUGAAUGUAAGAUGAAUGAACUUUUACCAACAUUAUUUCGUCUUCAAUCUCAACGUUGUCUAACUUAUCAACGUCUUUAUGAUGCACAAUUAAUGUUUUUAAAUACACAUAAUUUUCCAGCAUUUCAAACUUUUCUUUCUGAUAUAACAGUUAUAUUUGGAAGAAUAUCAGAAGAAAUCUUACUUAUAAAAAAACGUCUGGAAAAUAAUAAAAAUAUUUUUAAACAUAUAGAACAAUUACAAGGUUAUGAACAACAAAAACUUCAAUUAACAAAUGAUUUAUUUGUUGCAAAAAUUGAAAAGAAAAAUGAACAAUUCGAAGAAAUUAAUCAAAAAUUAAUUAAACUUAUUGAUAAUAUUAAUGAAAUUUUAGAAGAAUUACGUUAUGAUCAAGAAGAAUUUACUGCAAUAGAAACUUAA